AUGCUGACCCAGAGCGAAGAUAAUGGGGACUCGUGCGAGGGCGUGGAGAGGAGGGGGGAGGCGGGUGAGGCAGGAAAUCAGACGCAGGACGGGCAAGAGGCCGCCGGCGACCCCCUGACAAGCUCCUACGCGUCUGCGAUCGACAUGGCGUCCUUUGUUCUCCCGGCGGCGCAUGCAGCAUGUGAAUCCCAGCGCCCACGCCGGAACCAGGAAGCAGCGCCUCGCGCCGCUUCCGCAUCGUCGCGCUCUGCCUCUCCCGCCUCUUCAUCGCCUUCUUCUGCCGCUUCCUCCCCCGUUAUCUCGCAGAGUCCCUCCUCUUCAACGCAUUCAGGCCCUCCAGCCGCGUCGCCUGACUCUUGUUCUCCGUCGGAUCCUUCUUCCUUCUCGUCUUCCUCUCCUUCGUCCCCUUCCUUUUCGUCUCCCUUCUCGUCUUUUUCGCUGCCGCCCCAGCCUGGCGGCCGCGAGGCGCGGCGCGUCCAGCCGAUGAGUCGCGCCGUGGCGGAAGGCGUCUGCAGCCAACAGGUCGUUCUCGGCAUAAAAAGCAUCUGCAAAGAGCUCGUUGAAAACGCGAUUGACGCAGGCGCGACCGGCAUCGAGGUCCGCUUCAUCAACGGGGGGCUUGAGAGCAUCGAAGUCCGCGACAAUGGGUCGGGGAUCGCACCGCAGGACUUCCCACUCCUCGGCCGCCGCCAUGCAACUUCGAAAAUUGACAAAUUCGAGGAUCUCUACAAUUCGCUUGACACCAUGGGAUUUCGAGGCGAAGCGCUUGCCUCGCUUUGCGCGCUGAGUGACGUUACGAUCUUAACUCGAACUGCAGCCGACGCCUUCGCCUCGCGUCUCUUCUUUGAUCACCACGGCAACAUCGUCCAGACCGAGCCCGCCGCGAGGGAGGUGGGCACGACGGUGACGGUGACGAAUUUGUUUGCGUCGCUGCCUCUACGGCGGCGGGCGCUUCAGCAACAGCGCCAGAAGCACUUCCAAGAAGCGCUCGCGUUCCUGCAGAAAUUCGCCCUCCUGCAUGCGUCCGACUGCCGCGUCCUCCUCACCGACUUCCAGUCCUCGGCGGCCGGCGGCGGCGAGGCUUCGCAGAGACGGAAGGGCGGGAACACGGUCACGCUUCUCAACACGCGCGGCACCGCUGCGCAGCUGAUGGACGCAGCCGUGAGCGUCUAUGGAGCACGGCAGAUGCAGCAGUGCGCAGAGGUUAACUUGCGCGGCUCUGACCCCAAGCGAGCGUGGAGCGCGAACGUCUUGCUCUCGCGUCCGCCGCUGGGCAUUCGAACAUCUGCGCUUCAGCUCUUCUUCGUGAACAAGCGGGUCGUGGACUUUCCGCCUCUUUUGCAGAAACUUAUCAACAAGAAGUAUCGCGAGGUCUGCAGCCGAUCCUACUUCCCCAUCGUGAUUGCAUUCGUCAACGUCGCGCCGCAUCUCUUGGAAGUCAACCUGAGGAAGGACAAACAGGAAGUCCUUCUUGCCGUAGAGAAGGAGAUCACCGAGGCGAUAUUGGCGUCGAUAACGGACUCAGUUGCCCCCGUGGUCGCCUCCUUCCAGACGCUCGCGUCGUUGCAGGCGUCACCGCAGUCCGCCGCUGCGCUGCAGCCCUGCCGCCCUUCACCGGGCUCGCCCUUCGGCUCUGCGUCCCCCCCGGACACUUCGUCGUCGCCCUCUGAACCGCUAGAGGCCGCGCAAAAAGGAGCGAAACACGAAGGCGAAGGCGCUGGCGAAGCGGCUUCGAGGCCACCUCUGGGCGAGGCGCAGGCGAGAGAGCGAUGCAGAUCUCACGACGAAGACGAGACGACCCCGAGAGACGCCGUAGACGGCAGCAGCGCGACCCGAGAGGAGACCGACGGCGCGACGAAGGACGACGCAUCCGAGUCUUCUCGCAGCCGCUACGCCGUGUUUAGUGAAGACGAUUCCUUCUCUUUAUUUUCCUCGCCUGCGUUUCUGUCCGGCUUCGCAGACAGAUCCGCUGCGUCGUCUGCGGCGGAGCUUUUCUCGCGAGGCGAGAAGGAAGCCUCGAGGGCGCGCGAAAGCGAAGGCACCGCGGCCCCGCGCACGCGACUGCGCAGAGACGUUUCGCCGCACCCUGCGGACGACGACCCAGCCGGCGAGGCGUCGUGCUCUAGAGCGAACCUAGAGUUCGAGACGCGUGGCGGCUGCUCUGCUGGCGCGUCUGCCUCUCCGUCCGCGGCCGCGGAGGCCGCUUCCUCCUCGCUCUCCGCUUCGUCGUGUGGCACGUGUGCAGAUGGCGCACAGGCCUCGACAUUCUUCGCGGAGCCCCCGUCGCCGCGUGAUGCCGAGGCCGGCGACCGCUUCGCUUCGCCUCCGGCUAGCAAACGGUUUCGCGCUAGAGAAGAAGAGGAAGCAAAGGGGACAGAAGAGGCGCGAGAAGAAGACGUAGAAGAUGCAGUUGCGGGGGAAGAACAAAACGCGGAGGAAGAAGAAGAGGGGAUUGAGCGGGAAGAAGCGUUGCGGCGGAAGCGGAGAAAGAAGGAUAAGGACAAGAAGAAGCGCAGGCGAGAGAGACGCAGCACGCAAGCGCCAGGCGUCAGCGAGAGCAAGCUGCUCAAGGAGACAGUCGCGGCAGUUGUCGCAGAGUGUCAGUUGUCUGAGGCGGAUCUUGCAUGCGUAUACGGCGAAGACGCGGAGCCCAGCGAGGCGGCGGAAGGAGACACCGCCGCGGGCGCUGCGCCAGCCUCCUCUUCUUUCCAGUUCGCCUCCUGCCCUGCGGCGUUUUCCUUCGCGUCAGCCUCGGAUGCCCGCGUCCUCGGCGCCUUCGACCCCAGCACUAGCAGCUUCUUCUUCAACAAAGCCGCCUUCGCCGAGAUGAAAAUAAUCGGGCAGUUCAACUGCGGAUUCAUCCUCGGCUGCCUCGUCUCCCGCGUCGGGAAACCGGAAGCGCCAUCAUCUGCAACGUCGUCUCCUGCAGGUGGCGAAGUCCGCUCGCUGUUCAUCGUCGAUCAGCACGCGAGCGAUGAGAAGAAGCGCUUCGAGGAUUUGAACGCGGCCUUCAAACCAGCCACGCAGCCGCUGCUGCGCCCGCUUCGCCUGCAGCUCCCCCUCGACAUGGAGCGCGCCAUCCUCGAGUUCGAGGAACAUAUUCGCCUCAACGGAUUUCGCGUCAAAGUCGAGAACCAGCGCCGCGAGGGCGGGGAGACUGGCGAGGGCGACGCGUCUGAGUGCACCUUUUCGCUCACGGGGUUGCCUGUAGUGGAGGGCACGCAGCUGAAGGAGGAGGACUUUGUGGAGUUUUUGGCCUCGCUUUUGCACGACGAAGAGGGCAGCGCCGCCGCCGCGCGUUGGAGCGGGCGGACGCAGCGAGAGACAGGCGAGAAGAACACGAAAAAAAGGGAGAAGAACAGCGAAGAGGGCUCGAAGGAGGGCGACGGCGAAGACGGCGAAAGCUGCGAAGAUGAAGAAGAGACCGUAGGGCGAAAGAAAGCGACGCGCGCGUUUCACCAUCGAAUCCUCCAGUGCAGGCCCAAGAAAGUCUGGGAUAUUCUGGCGAGCAGCUUCUCUGUGGGCUGGGACUGCGUGUUUCGUUCCUUCACCUUCUCCGCGGCACCCUCGUUUUGUCUGCUGGGCUCGCGUCCGCUCAGGGCCUGCAGGUCGGCGAUCAUGAUUGGCGACGCGCUGAACGUGAGCCAGAUGCAGCAGAUCCUGCGGAACCUCGCAAAGCUCCAUCUCCCUUUCAACUGCCCGCACGGACGUCCCACCGUGCGUCACCUCUUCGAUCUGCAUCUACCCGCCCCCUACGCAGACGAUGCAGCAGACCAUGCAGGCAGAGAAGCAGAUGACGCAGGCAAGGAGGCAGACGCGCGUGAAGAAGCCGACGCGCGGGGCGCUGCGAGUCUCAUGGGGCUUGAAGGCGAUUUGAGAGCUCCGGGAAAGGCCAGCAGAGCAGCCGAAGACGCGGGUAACGCGCCGGUCUCGGGCGAGCUCGAGACGGGUCGCCAGCAGGCCGAAGAGGAGACAGAGGCGCCACACCACGGAGGGCGACAGUCCACCCCAGAGAAAGAAGACAGCAGCGACAGCGCCCGCGCCGAGCGCCGCCUCGAGAGGAGCGAGGGCGGACAUCCGGCAGGCGACCGACCAGAUGAAGGACGCCAAGUCGAAGGAAACAUGCACGCGGAAGGCGCUCUCUUCGGCACCGAUGAAGAGAAUCUCUUUGCCGAAGAAGAGUCAGUCGACAGAGGAGAAGACAAGCGCGCACGAGAAGAAGAUCGAGAUGAAACGCGGCGAGACGCGAGCUUCGCGGUGCGCGAGUGGAGAGAAGAAGAGACGCAACACCGAACGACAGGCUCACAAACCACGGACCUGAACCUCUACGAGCUCUGCUUCGACUAA